CUGCUUUUUUGAAGCCAACAGAGGAUAAGAGCCAGGAAGAAAAGAGCGUGAAGAAAAAAACCCUUUGCGGGGAACUGAAGACUUGCAGUGGUGCUUGGAGUUGUUUCGGUAGUGACAGGAGCUUGCUAAGCCGGAAAGAUGCGUGAGUAUACUGAAAAUAAGGAAACCUGUGGGACCAUCUGUCUCAAGUACCUGCUGUUCAUCUUCAACUUCUUUUUCUGGCUGGCUGGUGGGGCUGUGAUGGCCGUGGGUAUCUGGACCCUUGCUGAGAAGAGUGACUACAUCAGCCUGCUCUCCUCCAGCACCUAUUCGGCAACUGCUUAUAUCCUGGUUGUGGCAGGAGUAGUUGUCAUGGUUACUGGCAUCCUUGGUUGCUGUGCCACCUUCAAGGAGCGUCGGAAUUUGCUCAGAGUGUACUUCAUAUUGCUGCUCUGCAUCUUCCUCCUUGAGAUCAUUGCUGGAAUCCUGGCCUAUAUCUAUUACCAGCAGCUAAGCACGGAGUUAAAACAAAACUUGAAGAACACCAUGACCCAGAAGUACAGGAAGGAGGGUGAAGAGAGUGUUACCAAUGCUGUAGACAAGUUGCAGCAGAAGUUCAAGUGCUGCGGGAGCAACAACUACACAGACUGGACGGACAGCCUGUGGAUCAGAUCUCCGGAGGCCAGCGGGCGGAAGGUCCCAGACAGCUGCUGUAAGACUAUAACUGACCACUGCGGCCGAAGAGACCAUCCUUCCAACAUCUACAAGGAGAAUGGCUGCAUUACCAAGCUGGAAAAUUUCAUUCAAGAGCAUCUGAAGAUUAUCGGGGCAGUUGGGAUUAGCAUUGCUUGUGUGCAGAUCUUUGGAAUGAUUUUCACCUGCUGCUUGUACAAGAGCUUAAAGUCGGAACCAUACUAAGAGCUGCAGGAAUUCUGUCAGCUCCCCCUCUGCCACCUCCCUUAGCGCCUGCCAACCUCACCACCCUCUGCCACCAGCACGGAAGUCAGUAACCCGAGGACUUGGCUCUGUAAUGAAAUGCCUUUGGGACCAUGCGUUGCCUGGCCUGCCCUUUUUGGGGAGAGUCAUCCCCCUUGUCACGUACAAGGCAGGCAGGGGCUCAGUGGGUUUUCUUCACUGUCAAGAAGCAACUGAGCUGUGGGUCUUCUGCUGGAAGCUUUAGCAAAACGUAAAACCAAAGCAAGAUUAUCCAGGGCCAUUUCUCUUCAGGCUCUUCCUGAACCAACAUGAAGAUAUCAAGACACUAUACAAGAACCUUGGUUUGCUCUCUGAUAAGCUCAACAGCACCACGCGUUGAUUGUGAGGACAGAUGAUGUUUCUGCGCUGAGCUGGAGCCAGGGCUGAGUCUCUCAUACAAGGAAGAUUUCUCUCUGUCCCCUGAGUGCACACUGAUGUCUUAACACAACCGUUUUCAUCCGAGAGGAUGCCAGCUUGGUUGCUUGGGGCAGAAACUUCUCUCCCUUCAAACUGGGAACAUAACUUGGUGCAACUGAAAUCUUAUCAUGACUCCAUUGCCAAGAUGUGGCUGCCUUAGGAUUAAUCAGUAAUCCUUCCUCUUCUUCCUUGAAGCUUUCACCCAACACAGUGCCAUUAGGAGCCACAAGAGGCCUUUUGUCUUUACCGAUUCUGCUGCAAAGACAUUGAACUCCAUUCUAACUCUUUUGGGCCUAAUGUCUCAUGUCUCACAUAUUGAGAGAUGCCCUGGGCUAAUUACGAUCUUCAGAAUUAUCUUUCUUGGGCAGGCAAUGAAUAUGUACAAGUGAUGUUAUCAGCUUCCAAAGUGUUUGUUAAUCAACUGAAGGUUUUCUGGCUUUAAGGAGACAAGGAAGCCCACUUUCCUAACCUUUUCAGCAGUAAGCAGUAUAAUCAGCUUUAUCCAGUUGCCUCAGUGUAUUUGGUAAAUUGAGUGAGCUUGAUCAAGUUAACUGUUUGCUGUGGAGAAAUAGGUUUAUUUAAGUGUUAUCUCUUCAUUGGAACCCAGGAUAUCUACAGGACAUAGACAUCACUGCUGCCAUGAUCUCUUUAGUGAUGCCAACAGGAUCUUGACCUGAAUUUGCAGGCACUUCUGUGCCACUCCCCUCCUGGUUGGGUUGUGGGUUUUGUUCUUUCCCUAAUGGUCCUGGAAAGAAUGUAGUGUUCUCUUCAGUAAGUCUGCCUGGUAGGACUAGGGUCAUGUUUUCACCUUCCUGAUACGCCUGUUAAACCAUGAAGAAGAAGAAAGGCGUGUGAAGUUUGGGGAUUUCUGUUAUUUAAGCAGCUGAGACAAGCCCUUUCAUAAGUAAAGAAAUUUAUUCCUUUUCAUGGCCUUUUAGUGGCACAGGCUCUUCCCUGCCCCUGGAAGCCAAAUGGUUAACAGUUCAUCAGCCAGUUUCCUGUUGUGGAGGUUUUGAUUCACAGAGCAGAAGCCCUGGGCUGGCUCCUGCAAGGACGCUAAUGAGUGAGAUGUUGAAAUUCAGAGCAAGUGAAUCUGAAACUGCUUUGUUGGCAUCCACACCUUGAAAUAAUCCGUAGUACUAAUGUAGAGAGGUGGAGGAGCUCAGGUGUAUCCUUGUUCCAGGCGAAGGGAAGGAGGGGAAAGAAAUCUAAAUUAUUGCAUAGUGAUCUAAAGGAGAACUCUCUAAGUUAUUUCUUGUUUUGUAUUCAAGUUUCUGACAAGUAUUGACUACUAACU